AUGUCUGAUCGUCACGUUAACGUCUCCAACACGGAGAAUCUCCGCAAGUACAUGACCCUUGACCAGCGAGGCAAGGUUCAGGCUGAGUACAUCUGGAUCGACGCUGCCAGUAACGUGCGCUCCAAGACCAAGACCCUCUCCAAGGCUGUCAAGUCUGUCGAUGAGCUGCCCGAGUGGAACUUUGACGGCUCCUCUACCGGACAGGCUCCCGGUGACAACUCCGACGUCUACCUGCGCCCCGUCGCCAUCUACCCGGACCCCUUCCGUCUCGGUGACAACAUCCUCGUUCUCUGUGAGACCUGGGACUCCGAUGGCACUCCCAACAAGUAUAACUACCGUCACGAGGCUGCUAGGUUGAUGGAGGCACACGCCAAGGAGGAGUUUUGGUUCGGUUUGGAGCAGGAGUACACUCUCCUUGACAGCGACAACUGGCCCUAUGGCUGGCCCAAGAACGGUUUCCCCGGUUCCCAGGGUCCCUACUACUGCGGUGUCGGCUCCGGCAAGGUCUACUGCCGUGACAUCGUCGAGGCUCACUACCGCGCUUGCCUGUAUGCCGGCAUCAACAUUUCCGGUAUCAACGCCGAGGUCAUGCCCUCCCAGUGGGAGUACCAGGUUGGCCCCUGCACUGGUAUUGAGAUGGGUGACCAGCUCUGGCUCUCUCGUUUCCUCCUGUACCGCGUUGCUGAAGAAUUCGGCGUCAGAAUCUCAUUCGACCCCAAGCCCAUCAAGGGUGACUGGAACGGAGCUGGUCUCCACACCAACGUCUCGUUCAACGCCACCCGUGCUGAGGGUGGUAUGAAGGCCAUCGAGGCUUCCAUGAAGAAGCUGGAGGCUCGCCACUUCGAGCACAUUGCCGUCUACGGUGAGGGCAACGAGGAGCGUCUCACCGGCCGUCACGAGACUGGCAGCAUCGACAAGUUCAGCUAUGGUGUCGCCGACCGUGGUGGCAGCAUCCGUAUCCCUCGCCAGGUUGCUAAGGAUGGCAAGGGCUACUUUGAGGACCGUCGCCCUGCUAGCAACGCUGACCCAUACCAGAUUACCGGCAUUAUUGUCGAGACUCUCUGUGGUGGCGUAUAA